GUGCUCGCCGUCCAGAGGGAGGACACCUACCGGACCCGCGCCGCGGUGCUGCGCGGCUCGGCCGACGAGGUGCUCGACACCCUCGCCGCCCACGCGGCCGGCACCGCUUCCGACAUCCUGAAGAGCAACCUGGAUGCGUCGGGCGCAGAGGCGACCCUCGCCAAGCUGCAGCAGUUCUUCCCCGCGGUGCCGCUCACCGCCGCCGACCUCGAGGGCGACGGCGCCGAGGAGCGCGCGCAUGCGGCGGUGCAGGAGGCGUUGCGCGCCAAGGCAGCCGAGCUGGACAGCGUCCGGCCGGGUCUUGCGGUCGAGUCCGGCCGCUUCCUCGCGCUGACGCAGACGGACACGCUCUGGAAGGCGCACAUGAAGGCGAUGGGGUACGUCAAGGACUUUGCGGGCCUCAAGGCGUACUCUGGCACCGACCCGAUCCAGGUGUACCGCGAGGAGGGGCUGCGUCUCUACGAGGCGAUGCAGACCUCGCUCCGCCAAAACACCGCCUUCUCCUUCUUCCAGUACCAGCCACGGAGCAAGGGAGCGUGA